AUGAAGCGAUCCGGUUCCAACCGCGUUGCACGCAAGAUUGGCAGCUACGACGACGAAGCAUCCACCGACAGCGCGAACACCUCGCCGAGCGAAGUACAGAAGCCCACAGUCGUCAAGCGGCCAACGAUUGGUAAAGCGAAGAAGCGUUCUUCCCUACGAGUGUCUUUUGGUCCAGGCGAAGACGCGAACGAUGGCGACGACUCAAGCGACACAGCCGUCGUGACCCCAAAGAAGGCAAACCUCAGUCGCAUAGCCCUGGAGAAGAGUGCGCAACUCCGGGCGCGCUCACCCCUCGUACCUGAAGCCGCUCGCCCAACUGAAUACAGCAAGGACUAUAUAGCAGAAUUGCGAAACUCGACGCCGUCAACACCCCGCGACCUGAAUACGUCCGCUGAAGAUGAAGAGGAGACGCAAGCCCUAGAUAUCGCAUCGAAAUUCGGUACUGUCGCGUCGCUAGAGACGUCAUCUGCGAUCCCCACAGAAGCCGAGAUUCGAGAGAAGAAGGCGCGAAGAAGACGUUUGGCGCAUGAAGAGAACGCCCUCGACGACGAAGACCGCGCGUGGGCAUCUGACGACCAGGGAGAAGACGAGUUUAGACAGCACAGGAACGAGAUUUCUCUUCGGCCAAAAGACAAAUACGGAGAAACGCGUCUCAUACACGAAGAUGAGGACAUAGCCGAAGGUUUCGACGAUUUUGUCGAAGAUGGCAAGAUAUCGCUUGGUCGCAAGUCAGAGAAGGAAGCGCGACGAAGACGGCGCGCGGAAAUGGCAGAACUCAUCAACGACGCCGAAGGUGGUUCAGGCGACGAUGGAACGGAUGACUCGGACGAAGAGAGGAAUACUGCUUUUGCCGCAGCUCAAGCCCGCGCGGGACGAUACGGCCAGAAGCUCGAAGACGAGGAAGAUGGCACGACGACUCCACCGCGCAUUACGCCCCUGCCAGACCUAGACGAAGUCCUUGAAGGCCUCACGAUCGAUAUACAGAUGAAGCAGCAGAGGAAGGACUUGAUCUUGCAGAAGCUACAAGACCUUAAGGACGAUAAGAUCAGGAUCGAGGAGCGGAAGAAGUACCUCCAGGAACAACUGCAGAAGACGGGCGACGAGUACGAGAAGCUGCGCCAGGAGUCAGGGCUUCCCGCUUUACCCGCAAACGGUGUUGAGGGAGGUCGCUUGAUCACAGAGAGGGGGUUGGAUAGUUUGGGUACUACGCCUUUGGCUGGUACUACACCCAUAGCCGGUAGAUCUAGCGACGACUCUGAUGAUGAGUAG